AUGUUACUGCAAAAACAUCAACAUCAGUAUAUAGAAAAAAUAAAAUCUGAAUAUGAAUGUGAUUUGAAUGAUCUUGUUAAUGUUAUGGAGAAAGGAAAACAAGAGAUGUUAAAAACUGCGAGCGAAGAAAAAAAUCAUAUGCAGAUGAUAUUGUAUGGACAAGAUCAAAUAACAUCUACGGUAGAUAGAAAGGAAUAUGAAGACUACAUGCAGAAGUGUUAUGAAGCUGAAUAUGAGGAAUCAAUCGAGAUGGAGGAUCAAGCCUGCAGGAACGUCAGUUUAUUACAAGUUUUUGAUUUUAGGGAGGGAUGGAAGGAUCUUACUCCCAGACUCUUGAACGUCUUUGCUAAAUUAAACGACAACAUUGCAAUGAGAAAUGUUUGA